AUGGAUGGAAUUCAAGUUGAUAUGAACCGCUUGAAAAAGGGCGAAGUGAGUCUAGGUACUUCAAUUAUGGCCGUGACUUUCAAAGAUGGUGUGAUCUUAGGGGCAGAUUCCAGAACAACUACUGGUGCGUAUAUUGCCAACCGUGUCACAGAUAAACUAACAAAGGUUCAUGAUAAAAUCUGGUGUUGUAGGUCAGGUUCAGCAGCAGACACUCAGGCUGUUGCCGAUAUUGUACAGUACCAUCUAGAAUUGUACACCUCACAAUAUGGAGAACCUACAACCAAGGUUGCUGCAUCGAUCUUCAAGACAUUAUGUUACGAGAACAAGGAUCAUCUCACAGCAGGUAUUAUAGUGGCGGGCUACGAUGAAAAAAACAAAGGAGAGGUGUAUAGUAUACCUCUUGGUGGUUCUGUGCACAAGCAGUCGUACUCAAUUGCUGGUUCUGGUUCUGCUUUCAUAUAUGGUUACUGUGACAAGAACUAUAAGGAAGAUAUGACUAAAGAAGAAACAAUCGAAUUUGUAAAACAUUCUCUAUCACAAGCCAUCAAAUGGGAUGGUUCAUCUGGUGGUGUCAUUAGAAUGGUUGUCCUUACUGCUGAAGGUGUGGAACGUUUAAUUGUGUAUCCCGAUGAGUAUGAAAACCUGUAG